AUGGGUACAACAGCCAGCACAGCCCAGCAGACGGUCUCGGCAAGCGCCCCCUUUGAGGGCCUCCAGGACGGUGGCUCGAUGGAUGGUCGGCACUCACUCAGCGUCCACUCCUUCCAGACCACGGGCUUGCACAACAGUAAGGCGAAGUCCAUCAUACCCAACAAGGUGGCCCCCGUCGUGAUCACGUACAACUGCAAGGAGGAGUUCCAGAUCCACGAUGAGCUGCUCAAAGCCCAUUACACCCUGGGCCGGCUCUCAGAUGCCACCCCCGAGCACUACCUGGUGCAGGGCCGCUACUUCCUGGUGCGGGAUGUUACUGAGAAGAUGGACAUGCUGGGCACCCUGCAGAGCCGUGGGGCCCCCAACUUCCGGCAGGUGCGGGGCGGGCUCGCUGUGUUCGGCAUGGGACAGCCCAGCCUCUUGGGGUUCAGGCAAGUCCUCCAGAAACUCCAGAAGGAUGGACACCGGGAAUGUGUCAUCUUCUGUGUGCGGGAGGAACCCGUGCUGUUUCUGCGAGCUGCUGAGGACUUUGUACCUUACACGCCUCGAGACAAGCAGAAUCUUCAUGAGAACCUCCAGGGCCUUGGACCUGGGGUCCCUGCGGAGCGCUUGGAGCUGGCCAUCCGGAAGGAGGUCCACGACUUUGCCCAGCUGAGCGAGAACAAGUACUGUGUGUACCAUAACACCGAGGACCUGCGGGGGGAGCCUCACGCCGUGGCCAUCCGGGGCGAGGACGACGUGCACGUGACCGAGGAGGUGUUUAAGAGGCCCCUCUUCCUGCAGCCCUCCUACAGGUACCACCGUCUGCCCCUGCCAGAGCAAGGGGCCCCCCUGGAAGCCCAGUUCGAUGCCUUUGUCAGUGUCCUCCGGGAGACCCCCAGCCUGCUGCUGCUCCAAGAUGCCCACGGGCCUCCCCCUGCUCUCCUCUUCAGCUGCCAGACGGGCGUGGGCAGGGCCAGCCUGGGCAUGGUUCUGGGCACACUCGUCCUGUUUCACCGUGGUGGGACUGCCUUGCGGCCGGAGGCUGUCCCUGUGAAGACCAAGCCCCUGUCCAUGGAGCAGCUCGAGGUGGUCCAGAGCUUUCUCCACAUGGUGCCCGAGGGGAGGAGGAUGGUGGAGGAGGUGGACAGAGCCAUCGCCGCCUGUGCAGAGUUGCACGACCUGAAGGAAGUAGUCCUGGGAAACCAGAGGGAGCUGGAAGGCAGCCGGGCACAGGGAAGCAGCAGCCAGCCCGCUGUCCAGCAGAGGGCGCUUCAGAGCCUGGAGCGGUACUUCUACCUGAUCCUGUUUAACUACUAUCUCCAUGAGCAGUACCCGCUGGCUUUUGCCCUCAGUUUCAGCCGCUGGCUGUGUGUCCAUCCUGAACUGUACCGCCUGCCUGUGACACUAAGCUCAGCGGGGCCUGUGGCCCCCAGGGAUCUCAUCGCCCUGGGCUCCCUGGUGGCAGAUGACCUCGUCUCCCCAGAUGCACUCAGCACCAUCAGAGAGAUGGACGUGGCCAACUUCCGCCGGGUGCCCCGUUUGCCCAUCUACGGCAUGGCCCAGCCCAGUGCCAAGGCCCUGGGGAGUAUCCUGGCCUACCUGACCGACUCCAAGAGGAAACUGCACCAAGUCGUGUGGGUCAACCUGAGGGAGGAGGCUGUGCUCGAGUGUGAUGGGCGAACCCACAGUCUGCGGCGGCCUGGGCCCCCCAUGGCCCCUGACCAGCUAGAGAACCUGGAGACCCAGCUACAGGCCCACCUGACCAGGCCUCCCCCCGAUGCUGAGGGCCCGCGGACCCACAGGUUCCAGACGUGCCUUACCAUGCAGGAGGUCUUCAGCCAGCACCGCGGGGCCUGCCCCGGCCUUACCUACCACCGCAUCCCCGUCCCGGACUUCUGCGCCCCUCGCGAGGAGGACUUUGACCGGCUGCUGGGGGCCCUGCAGGCUGCCCUUGCCAAGGACCCGGGUACUGGCUUCGUGUUCAGCUGCCUCAGCGGCCAGGGCCGGACCACGACCGCCAUGGUGGUGGCUGUGCUUGCCUUCUGGCACAUCAGAGGCUUCCCCGAAGUGGGCGAGGAAGAGCUCGUGAGCGUGCCUGAUGCCAAGUUCACCAAGGGCGAGUUUGAGGUGGUGAUGAAGGUGGUGCAGCUGCUGCCCGAUGGGCACCGGGUGAAGAGGGAGGUGGACGCGGCGCUGGACACGGUCAGCGAGACCAUGACGCCCAUGCACUACCACCUGCGGGAGAUCAUCAUUUGCACCUUCCGCCAGGCGAAAGCGGCCAAGUCGGAGCAGGAGGCCCGGAGGCUGCGGCUGCGGAGCCUGCAGUACCUGGAGCGCUACGUCUGCCUGGUGCUCUUCAGCGCCUACCUGCACCUGGAGAAGGCCGGCUCCUGGCAGAGGCCCUUCAGCGCCUGGAUGCGGGAGGUGGCAGCAAAGGCCGGCGUCUACGAGAUCCUCAACCAGCUGGGCUUCCCCGAGCUCGAGAGCACAGAGGACCAGCCCUUCUCGAGGCUGCGCUGCCGGUGGCAGGAGCAGAACCGUGGCCCCGAGCUCUCCGCAGCAGGGGACUUCCUGUAGGAAAGGGGCUUCCUGUGGGACGCGCUCCCCCUGCCCCUGCUAUCACCGCCUCCCGCAGGGCCACCUCCCUCCCCAUGUGGUCUGGGGGUACCCGAUGCUCUUCGGUGGCAGUGGCCCUGAGAAGCGACUCCUCGGCUUCCCAGAGACCAGGGUGGGUGAGGAUCCCCUUUUUGAAAGAGUUGUUACAGGAUAGUUGGCCACAGUGAUGCCUUGUGAAUGGCCGCUCCUGGAGGGCCUGCAGGAAGGUCCGGUGUGGCAUCAGCUCUCCAAGGUGCUCACUCCCCAAGUUGCCAAGUCAAACCUCUCGCCAUUUCUGUCCUCCCCUCUGCCCCGAGCAGUUCUGAUGGCCCCUGGCCUAGAGCAGUCCUGGCCAGUGUUGGUUCCUUCCCUGCAGCUCUCCCACAUGGCUUCUCCCCUUUUGCUGCCUGAGCGUUGCCCUGGUGGCCCUGGGCUCCCUGGGAGAUGGGAGAUGGGCCCUGGGAGGUGGACUUUGCUCUGGCUAGAUUUGUUACCUUAAAGGCAGUU